UUUUUUCACGUCACCGUAAGUUUAAAGGUUGUUCGUGUACGCCUCCUUCUUUAAUAAAAGAUGUCUCGGAUGUAUUACAAUGAAUCACUAAAAUCCAUUCCAGUAUCCAACCAUGAUUGGAGUGAGCCAUGGAAUGAAGAUCAGUACCACAGUGGCAAGGGUUUCCUGUUGGAGGGGGUUUUGAAGGCAAAAACAAGGCAUGUGAUAUGUGACACCAACCAGGCAAAGUAUCGCUUCUAUGUAUUGUACAUUCAAGUCAGCAUUGCUCAUCGUAGACAAUACAGCAUCAAAGGUGAAGAAAUUGAACCAAACUUUAGUGCCAAUAUGGUGAAAAACACUGGGUACCUUAAUUCCUCAUACAAACUUGAAGCAAAAGGUCAAACAGAUAUGGUUGAAUUCUCUGAAGUUUUGAAAGCAAUAAAGAAGUCACCAUUAGCCUCCAUAACAGACACUCUCACACCAAAAGGAUGUGGAGCAUUCUGGAUACUGGAGGCUGACAUGAACAAAAUGGAAGUUGACAUUGAUGAAAAAAUCCGCUUAAAAACGAACGGUGACAGUCCAUUUGUAUUCUCUAUUACCAAGUUGGAUACUAUAUCUUCUAAGGUGUGUAACUAUGCAGGUGGCUCAGAAGUUGGUGCAUCCUGGACAGAUAAAGUGUUUGCUUCCAAAGAACAAGAUGCUCCCACUGAUUCAAGUAACCAAGACAAUGCUGGAGCAGAUGAUGAUGAAUGGGAUGACUGAUUAACAAAAUACAAGAAUAGGACAUAAUACGGAUAUUCUACCGAAGAUUACAUUGUAUCCACUAAAUUGAUAACAGGAAAUGGUAUACAAGCGUAGAUUUAAAGAACUGUAGGUCUAAAUUUAUGAUUGAGUCUUCCAGGUAAUUAUUUGGCAAAUCCCUUCGUCUUUGUGGUAAACCCAGUUCAUUAAAGUGUUUAAUGAAAUGACUUGCAUCCAGUUCACAUCUUUAACAAAAGGAAAACUGCUGAGAAAGAUGUAUAUCAAAGCACACAGUAACUUGAAUGGCACUAGCAACACUGAGCGGUUAGUUUUUAACUGUUUAGUUACUCGAACAUUGAACAAGUGAAAAGUAAACUGCUUCUAGCUGGCAUACUUACAAAACCACAAAACAUGAUUUGCGAAUGAUUUCAGGGCUUGAAAGGAACCUUAAACAUCCAAAUAGUUAAUGUGAAACUAUUGCUUGUAAACUUCAGUAUCAUAUAAUAGAGUACAGGUAGCUGCCAUGUAUUUACAGACAUGGUAUCAAAUAUGCCAUGAAAGUAUUUUUCUAAAAAUCUAGUUUCAGGACUUUAUUAUGUUGGAUUUUUCUUCUGAUCAGCUUAGGAGGGUGUAAUGUGGACGUUGUCUUCAAAACUACUGUUUCAUGUCUAAUGAUUUCAAGAUUACAAGGAAUCAAAGAAUACAAAGAAUAAAAUCAGGGUUAAUAGUCGGUCAGCAUUUAUUUAUUUUUUGUCUGUUUUAUUUAUAUGAAUAUUACAGGCCAAGUAUUUCAAUCUUAUGGACACAAUUCACACAGAUGUGAUGUAACAAUUCACUCUGAUAUGAUGUAAUCGAUAUUAUGGUACAUAAAAAUGUGAAAGCAAGUACAAUUGUGUACAGUAUAUAAAAAAUGUAAUUUUAUUGAACUAACUGUAUAUUAAAAAUGUAAUCUUUCUAAGUCUAAAGUGCAUUGCUUAUUUACAACAAGGGAAAUACCUAGUAGUACAUUAGAGUCACUUUAUUCAAGGUGCUACUAUUAAUAAUGAAUAUGACAGCUCAUAAUCAUAGGGUUCUUUAUAGAGGUAUAUUUUGAAGUUUUUAUACACAAAAGUUAGCACUUUACAGUAUACAUAUUUUAUAGAUGCACAAUAUUUACCAGUUAUUGAGAAUGCAAUAUAUAUAUUUGUUUAUUAAAGAAUCUUUCUGUUUAA